AUGUCCGCGCCGCUGCUUGAUCCAAGCACCGAAGGGCGUUAGUCGUCAACUGGACCCGUUUGAGUACAGCGAGCAGUUGCCGGAUGUGGAGGACCUGGAUUCCUGGGAACAGCUCUUACCAUUGCAUGGCCUGCCACCACUGCCUCGCCGGGACCCCAAGUUCUGGCAAGAAUCCUUCACGGGGCUCACAAUCCUUGUGGCUAUGAUUGUCAGUUUGGUCUCCUCAGUGCACCUGAACAUCGGCUCCCCGCAACACUGGAAGUUCGCGCUGUGGUGUUCUUCAGCUGAUCUGGUCAUUCAAUUCCUGGCUCUGCUCGCAUCAAGUUGUAUAGCCAUCAUCCUCUUUGGAAGAUGUGGUGAAGUAAAGCGCUCGAAGAGUACCUGUUACCCCAUCCCGGCACAGGUAGCGCUGCGCCUGUUGGGCACUGGAGCUUGCGAAGCUGCGACGCAUGCGCGCAACGUGCAGCACCCCGUGGGCUAUGCAAAGCUCGGGAGUUUCUGCGUGCGAUGCUUGCUCUGGCGGGACUUGGAAGGUCAUCACUGCUCCAUUUGUCAACGCUGCGUGGUGCACUUUGAUCACCACUGUGGCGUCUUGGGACGUUGCAUCGUCCGCCAAACCAUGAAGUGUUUAUAUCUGCUUCUGAUCUCCGCCUUGCUCGGGAUCUUCGCGGUGUGUCUCACCAACUCCUGGUGUUGA